UCUUUGGUUAAAUGAGUUUUAAGGCUUUUGUCUCUGCACAAAUGAAUGACUUAAAAUAUAUAUAUAUUUUUAAAUAUAAAAACUAGGUAACCCUUACUUGUCAACAUUGUUUAUUCGUGUUUUGGGUCAAAUCGUUACGAAAACGCCCUGAGCGGAAGCCGCGUGCAGACCGGAUGUAACCAUGGUAACGGUUUGUUGCUCAAGCUGAUGCUGCGAGGAGUGAACGAGCAGAGAGCUGUUUCCAUCAUGGACCAAACUCUCCAGACCCGUGAAGGUUUUAGCCCAGUAAAUGUUGCUGGAACUCUGCACCAGUCCGAACGUUUUAGAGCAGAAUGCAAGGAGCUGAUCAAAGAGACCAAACAGAUCUGCAAACGCAUGCAAGAGGAUGAGAACCAACAGUUUGACCAGAAGCUCAGAGGGAUCCAGUUCCUGAAGAAGGAGCUGGAGUUAAAGCUGGAAGAAAUGAUCCUGGAGAUUGAUGACCUGGUGGUUUUGCAGAGCAGAGUGACCAAGGCCCUGGAUGCCUGCAAAGAACCUCUGGAAGUCACUGAGCUUUGUAUGAAAGAGCGACUGAAACGUCCCGACUCUGAGAGGUUUCACAAUGAGGUGGACAGCGAGCUGCAGAAGGAGAGAGAAGAUCUGAGGAGAGUGGCGUCUCUUCUGCAGCGUGUGACGGAGCAGAUCUCUGAGCAGCUCCGCCUGAACCGAUCUGCUAAACAUGAUCUAGAGAAGGACCUGAAGGAGAAAUCUGAGGCUCAGAACGUCGACAACUUCUGUGCUUUAAUGCACACCCUUUCUAUGAGCCUCCAGCACAGACCCAAAACCCAUCCUCAACCAGAACCGAGCUCAGCGGUGACUCUGGAGCAGUGGGAGAACUUCUCGUAUGCCAACAUGGCCAAGGCGGAGCGGCAGAAGACCAACUCCAGGUCUCUUCAGGCUCUGGUUCAGUCUGUACUGGAGCAAACGGCUGCUGACAUGCAGAAACAGGUCCAGGCCACGAACACUGCUCUCCAGCUGAACAUUCAGAAAAUGAAAGCUGCUAAACACCAAAUGGAGGACGAACUGGUGAAGAUUCAGUCAGAGAUCAGCAACCAGAGAAAAACCAGAGAAGAUCUUCAAGUCGCUGUCGCAGAGAACGAGGAGUUUCUGAGUUUGACUCAGGCGAAGCUGUCUUUACGCCACGAGAGGCCCGGAAAAGAGCAGUGGCGAGAUCCAGCCCAGCGUAAACUCAUCACCGAUGUCCACAAGAUCACAGAACACAUCAAUCAACUGCAACAGGAAGUAGCCCGGUCCGAGGAUGAGGAGAGGCGGCUGUUUCACUGCGAGCUGAGGCUGCAGGAAAGCAUCGACAGCAAAACCAACUGUCUGUACAUUGAUGAGGUUGUCUGCAUGCAGCACAGGGAGGCAGUGGUUAUACAAAACUUCUGAACAGAACUUUAUUUCAAGAAAAUACAGACUUUUAUUUUACAAACUUUUAUAUUACUGCUGAGUGAACCAAACUUCUGUGAAAUAUUUAACAGAACCUGACAGGGUUUACCACACAAGCUACUGACUGAAAAGUUUAUGUUGUAAAAGAAAAAAAAAUAACAGCAAACAUUUGAACAAAACCAUAGUAAAUGAAAUGACAACAUAAAAA